AGGUAAAAUUCCACACACAAGUCAUACCUGUGUAAUCACCGUCUGUAACCUCGAUAUCAACGGACCUUGUCUUGUAGGCUGUCAAAACGAAACAAGACUUUAGUGUAUUGUAACUUCCGGGUUUCGCUCGAGGGCUGGCAUUUUACUCCGUGUGUAACAUGUGUUAACGAUUAUUAGCAGGGUACCACGCCUAAGAUGACCAGGACACCAAAGUUUGUGGAUUCCUUCUGGGAUCCGGAUAUAACAAGCACCAGAGGUAGUGAUGUUAUUUUACGGCGAAUGAAAGAAGGAAGAAAAGUGUGCAAGGAACUGAUCGAAUAUCUGUCUGAAAGAUCGAAAGCAGAAGCUGCGUUUGCCAAAGCCCUUAAAAAUGCUGCUCGUAAGCUGGAGAAUAACUUGGAAAUAGGGGACCUGGGAAGUUCUAUGCUGUCCCUUAAGGCGGAGACAGAACAUAUAGCUGUGGCCCACGAAACAGCUGGCACCGAUUUUUCCUCCCUGUCUAUAGAACUUUCCAACUUCAGCAAGGAACAGGAGGUAGCCAAAGCACAGAGAGGAGAACUUCUACAGAAAGCCACAUCGAACAAAUUAACAAGCAACACCAAGGCUUCCACGCUUAAAGAUAAAUAUGUUCAGAGGUGCCGAGAACGAGAUACGGCGAACGAUGCCUACAAAACGGCGAGAAGUAGUGUGACGACUCAGGCUAAGGAUCUUCAGAAG